GCCACUCGCUGACCGCCGGUCGCCUCCACCGGAGUCACAGCAUACGGACCACCGGCCACAUGCGACCUCACACCGGGUCCCUGCUCUUUGUGAAACCGCAACAUAGAGCUCGUUUUCCGCAUCUUAUCUUUGAGUACUACUGAUGGGAACCUCGGUGUCUUCUCCAUCUCGGUGUGCGCACUGUGCUCCUCUCCAUCCGAAUAGCCGAUAGUAACAGGAGGCUGCAGGGGCGCUCAGUCGGACCAGGAGGACAACACCAUGAAGUUGGCGGUCCUCUUCCUCCUCCUCUUCCUCUUGUCGGUGUCCUGCCCGCUGUCCCUCGCCGACAUCCCCGCUCCAAGUGAGUUUGUCUCCUUGGCGGAGAUGGAGGACGCACUGCUGAGGAACCUUUUCCAAGGCUACCAGCGCUGGGUCAGGCCCAUCCAGCACGCCAACGACACUAUUAAAGUACGCUUCGGACUCAAGAUCUCGCAGCUAGUUGAUGUGGAUGAGAAGAACCAGCUAAUGACAACUAACGUUUGGUUGUGUCAGGAGUGGAUCGAUUACAAGCUACGAUGGAAUCCAGAGAAAUACGGGGGAAUCACUUCUAUCAGAGUUCCUUCUGAAAAUAUCUGGCUCCCAGACAUCGUCCUCUAUGAGAAUGCUGAUGGGCGGUUUGAGGGCUCCCUGAUGACCAAAGCCAUUGUCAGGUACAAUGGUGCCAUCACCUGGACGCCACCUGCUAGUUACAAAUCCGCCUGCACUAUGGACGUCACCUUCUUCCCCUUUGACCGCCAGAACUGCACCAUGAAGUUUGGCUCCUGGACAUACGAUGGCAACAUGGUGGACCUGAUUCUGAUAGACAAACAAGUAGAUCGGAAGGACUUCUUUGAUAAUGGAGAGUGGGAGAUCCUCAGUGCCACUGGUGCCAGAGGGAACAGGAAGGACGGCAUGUAUUCGUACCCGUUCUUAACGUACUCCUUCAUUCUGAAGAGGUUGCCAUUGUUCUACACCCUCUUCCUCAUCAUCCCUUGUUUGGGUUUGUCCUUUCUGACUGUGCUGGUGUUUUACCUUCCCUCAGAUGAAGGAGAGAAGCUGUCACUCUCUACCUCUGUCCUAGUGUCGCUCACUGUGUUCCUCCUGGUCAUAGAAGAAAUCAUCCCCUCCUCCUCCAAGGUGAUCCCGCUCAUUGGAGAGUACUUGCUGUUCAUCAUGAUCUUUGUCACACUCUCAAUCAUCGUCACCGUCUUUGUCAUCAACGUGCACCACCGCUCUUCAGCCACCUACCACCCCAUGUCGCCGUGGGUUCGUAAUCUCUUCCUGCAGAAACUGCCGAGGUUGCUCUGCAUGCGUGGGCACACCGAUCGCUACCACUACCCAGAGCUGGCUCCUGAAAGCCCUGAGCUGAAGCCUCGCUCUGGAGGUCGGAGAGGAGGCCACAGGGCGAACAGCGGGGCCCACGGACAGACAACUUCUGAGGGCAAGGAGGACGAGGUCUGGGAGACCAUGCUGGAUAAGGCUAUCUACUCAGUGCGCUACAUCAGCAGACAUAUCCGCAAGGAACACUUUAUCCGUGAGGUGGUACAAGACUGGAAGUUUGUGGCCCAGGUCCUGGACAGGAUCUUCCUGUGGGCUUUCCUCACCGUCUCAGUACUGGGCACUAUCCUCAUCUUCACUCCUGCUCUGCGGAAGUUUAUGAAAGUCCUUCCUCCAGCUGCAAGUGAGGAUCCACCUUCAAACUAGUAGCAAUAACACACCCUUUCACAGGCAACUGAUGAUCCACCUUCAAGAAUCUAUAAAACAUUUGUUACCACAGAGCAGGAGGAAGUCACUACAGGUGCUUUUUAAAGGACAACUUUGGUUAGGCUUCUAGAUCCGCUCAAUGUGUGUAUCUUAGUAAAAAUUGGUGCAACCUGUGUUAAAUGCCGAAGUCAUAAAACUGCAGAUUCUACACCUAGUGGCUUUAAGUAGCAAGCAGCUAUCAGUUCACUAGAUUACACAUGCUGGUAAUUUUAAAGAUGUAUUUAAGAUAAAAUUAAAUAAAGGAUUAAAACAAACCCACCCAACUUUAUUCAGCGUAAAAUUAAACUACAAAAUGUUUUAUGAAUGGUUUGAUUUAUGUACUUGGCUGACUGAUUAUUGUUUUUCACCUGGCUGCCACAAAUUUUCUAGGAUAGUACAGUUAAAAAAAAACAUAACAAUUUAAAAUUCCUGAUGUCAAGCUAUUACUUUAACUAUAUGUUCUUGUUAUACAUAACUGCCACAAUAAUCAGAGUGAGAAAUAGUUGUUCUUAUCACAUACCUGAAGCACAAAAUACCUCUUACUCCAACUAUAUUACGCUAAGCAUAUGUUAGGGGAAUAAAGUAAUUAAAUGACUGGUCAGAACUCUAUUGUGUGAUGUAUGUGUAUCUGAACAGCUUGUACUGACUUUCUGUUAAAUACUGUGUCUUUGCCUUUAUCGCCCUCCUCAAAUACAAAAGUUGUUAGAUUUUGGUCACUGCUGUUAGUAAAACCAGAUCAACAUAAUAAACUGUGCAAUAAAUAAAUGACUGAAUAAAAGACUUAAUGGAAAUUACUUGACAUUUUUCUUAAAUUACCAAUCCUCAAAAGUACAGAAUUUGUAUUGUUCGGAUGUACUUUAUCCCACUAAUAAAGUUGUUUUAAAUACA